ACAUCAUUCGAUUCUGUCCAUUGGCUAAAAAGUGGAUCAUGGGCUCGGCCCACAGCCUAUUGGACGGCACGGGAGCAGGCCGGCCCAUGGGCCAAUCAUAUGGCAGCGCGUGAGAUUGUAGACACCGGUCGGAGACCGGUGCUGGGCUCUGCAGGUUUGACUCUAGCCUCUCGGCCAUGGCCUCGGAGAAGCCUCAGGACCUAGUCGUCACCUGCACCGCUCCGGUCAACAUCGCGGUUAUCAAGUACUGGGGGAAGCGAGAUGAAGCACUGAUCCUGCCCAUCAACUCCUCGCUGAGUGUCACUCUGCAUCAGGACCAGUUAAAAACCGUCACAACUGCUGCCAUCAGCAAGGACUUCACCGAGGACCGCAUCUGGCUGAAUGGCCAGGAGGAAGAUGUGGGACAGCCACGGCUCCAGGCCUGCCUGAGGGAGAUUCGCCGCCUGGCUCGGAAGCGGAGGAGUGCAGGGGACGGGGAUGCACUUCCCCUCAGCCUCAGCUAUAAGGUGCAUGUGGCCUCCGAGAACAACUUCCCCACGGCUGCAGGCCUGGCAUCCUCAGCAGCGGGCUAUGCCUGCCUAGCCUAUACCUUGGCCCGGGUCUAUGGGGUCGAGGGGGACCUCUCUGAAGUGGCCCGGCGGGGCUCAGGCAGCGCGUGCCGCAGUCUUUAUGGGGGCUUCGUGGAGUGGCAGAUGGGGGAGCAGGCAGAUGGAAAGGACAGCAUCGCCCAGCAGAUAGCCCCAGAGUGGCACUGGCCCCAACUCCGAGUCCUCAUCCUUGUGGUGAGUGCCGAGAAGAAGCAGAUGGGCAGCACUGUGGGCAUGCAGACCAGUGUGGAGACCAGUACCCUGCUCAAGUUCCGGGCUGAGUCCGUUGUGCCUGAGCGCAUGAAGGAGAUGACCCGCUGCAUCCGAGAGCGGGACUUCCAGGCCUUUGCCCAGCUGACCAUGAAGGACAGCAACCAGUUUCAUGCCACCUGCCUUGACACCUUCCCGCCCAUCUCCUACCUCAAUGACACCUCCAGGCGCAUCAUCCAGCUAGUGCACCGCUUUAACACACACCACGGGCAGACAAAGGUGGCGUACACAUUUGAUGCGGGCCCCAAUGCUGUGAUCUUCACCCUGGAUGACACUGUGGCUGAGUUUGUGGCAGCUGUGAGGCACAGCUUUCCCCCUGCAACAAAUGGGGACAAGUUCCUAAAGGGGCUGCCAGUGACGCCUGUUCUUCUCUCCAAUGAGCUGAGAGCGGCACUGGCUAUGGACCCCAGCCCUGGAGCUAUCCAGUACAUCAUUGCCACUCAGGUUGGACCAGGGCCUCAAGUCCUAGACAACUCACACGCUCAUCUUCUAGGCCCAGAUGGCCUGCCCCAACAGGACCCCUGACCUCUUCCAUGCCCAAUCCCUCGUGCCAUUGGAGAAAGGGUUGCUCACUGGGACUAGGGAGCUGGUGUGCUGACUGGCCAUACCUGUGGGGUUGCUUGGUAAUAAUGCUGGACUGGGGGACCAUGAGUGGUGAUGAGCAUCUGUCCAGGCAGCCGUGGGGGUGGGAAUCCCCUUUCAAGUGCCUCAUAUUCCCUGCUGGUUUCUGAAGGGCUUCCUGAAACACUCCGUGGAUCUUUCUGUAUUCCAGACGGGAGCUCAUUAGGGAAGGGGCGUCCCAUUGAAGAGGCUCCUAGGGCCUCAGUAACAAGCUACGCUUGGAGAGUGAUGGCUGGCCUCUGCUGAGACUCAGACUCCUCAGCUCGGGCCACACCAUGGAUGGAAUAUUUCUUUAUAAAGACCAGUGCCCCCUCCUCUUGAGGGUAGAGGCUGUUAAGCCGCCAGGGUGGGGUCCACUGUGGGUGUGGGUGCUUCAUGAAGGUGCAGGUAAUGGACCUGAUGGCCCCCAGAAUAAAGUGUGCUGCUGCCUGCCU